AAGUCCUCCCUGCAACCUGGAGAUUGUCCACGUUUACAACCUUCAGACACAACUCUCCUGCUCCACAUCAGCAGCCCAGCUCAUCUGCGCAAGGCACGCAGAACUCUGCAGGACUCUUAAUUUAUUUAUUUAGUGUCUAUAGUUUUUUUUAGCCGUCUAUUAUUUUUUUUAUCCCUAAAAUCUAUUUGACGUGUUUCUGCAAAAAAAAAUGUUUGCCCGCUGCAUUCUCCUUUUCCUCUUCUUUUCGUGGUCUUCCGUGGAGUGUAAUCCAAGCCCUGUGCUUGGAGAUGUAGUCGUGGACAGAUACUUCAUACCCAAAGUCUGUGCUAGAGAGUCCAAAAAUGGAGAUUAUGUCCGCUAUCACUACAACGCCUCAUUUGUGGACGGGAAAGUAUUUGAUUCGAGCCAUCAGAAAGGAGAGGCCAAGGUGGGCCUCAUCGGGGAGGGUCGGCUCCUCGCUGGUAUUGAUAAAGGUCUGCAGGGCAUGUGUGUGAACGAGCGCAGGACCAUCACCGUCCCUCCUCACCUGGCGUACGGCAGCACCGGUGCAGGCGAAGUGGUUCCUCCAGAUGCCACCUUGGUGUUUGACAUCCAAAUGAUGGAUCUGUGGAACAAAGCUGACCUGGUUGUGACAAAGACCAUCACCACUCCCAAAGAUUGCAAACGCUCUGUGAUGCGCACCGACUUUGUGCGUUACCACUUUAACGGCACUCUGCUCGAUGGCACCGUCUUUGACUCCAGCUACACAAGGAAGCAGACCCACGACUCCCUAGUGGGCGAGGGCUGGCUGGUCAAGGGCCUGGAUGAAGGGCUGCUGGGCAUGUGUGUGGGAGAGAUCAGAAAUAUUGUCAUCCCGCCCUUCAAAGCCUACGGAGAGAAAGGAUCAGGCACAGAGAUCCCCGCUCAGGCGACCCUGGUGUUUGAUGUCUUGUUGGUGGACAUUCAUAACCCCAAGGACAACCUGACCAUUGCGGAGCAGGUCAUCCCCGAGUCAUGCACACGCAAGUCUGUGGUUGGUGAUUAUGUCCGUUACCACUACAACGGUACUUUCCUAAACGGGGUCACCUUUGAUACAAGCUACCAGAGGAACAGCACAUACAACACCUACAUCGGGAUGGGGUAUGUGAUAGCAGGCAUGGACCAGGCUCUGAUUGGAGUCUGCACUGGAGAGAGGAGGAGGGUCACCAUCCCUCCACACCUGGCGUACGGAGAGCAGGGAGCAGGUAACGUCAUCCCCCCUUCUGCCGUUCUGUUGUUUGACAUUCACGUCAUCGACUUCCACAACCCAAAUGACACUGUGGAAAUCCAGAUCACACACAAACCUGAGCUGUGUAACGAGACGACGGGAGUGAACGACCACGUGCGCUACCACUACAACUGCACCCUGGUGGACGGCACUCCACUCUUCUCUUCACAUGACUAUGAGAACGUUCAGGAUACAGUGUUGGGGGCAGACAAGGUGAUUGACGGGCUGGAUGAGGGCUUGAGAGGCAUGUGUGUGGGAGAGAGGAGGCUGAUAACGGUGCCGCCUCAUCUCGGCCACGGAGAGAAAGGAGCCAGUGGAGUGCCAAGCAGUGCUGUGCUGCUCUUCGACGUUGAAAUGGUGAGCUUCGAUAAGGGUGUGCCGCCAGGUUACCUGUUUGUGUGGCUCCAGGACAGCCCUGCUGACCUGUUUGAAGCUCUCGACAACAACAAGAACAAAGAGGUGGCCCAGGAAGAGUUUGGAGAAUUCAUCAAGCUGCAGGUGGCAGAGGGCAAAGGUCGUAUCAGGCCUGGGCUGAUCAUGGAUCAGGUUAUUACCGACAUGUUCCAAAACCAGGAUAGAAAUAAAGACGGCGUGAUCACAGCUGAAGAACUCAAACUGAAGGUCGACGAGGACAGGGAAAGGGAUGAAGGAAAGCAUGACGAGCUGUGAUGAUCAUAAAUGCUUUCAUUCUCUCUCAGGGAAAAACCCAAACACCUUAAAAACAAGCAACUUCCCCACACAGUAUCAUGGUUUAAUACUUUCUGCACCACAUUGAAAUGUCUUCCGAAUUUUUGUCGUAUGAAUUACCAAGAAAAUAAUGCAAAGAAUUAUUUUUAUUGAGUUUUAUAUUGUAUGUUUGUUUUUGAUUGUUGUAUUUUAGAAAACGAAACAAGCACCUUCAUUUGUCCCUGAAAGAUUGAUUGAUUAAAAGGUUUGUUAGAAAAAGGA